UUCUUUGCCUCCUUUCUCCACACCACCACCACUUCUCUUUUCCCUUCUCCCAAGCUCGCAUAGCCAUAGCUCCCCCUGGAUUCAUUACAGCUCGAUCCGCUUCUCUCCUCCUCUCCUUGCCCCCCUGGUGAUCUCUCACCUCCGCUCCCCUCGCCUCUUCUCCCGUCGCUGCAAGGUCAAACUGAAUUCCUCUUCCAGGGCGUCGAAUUAGGGCGAGCGAGCGUAAAAGGAGCUGAGGAGGGGAUUAGGGCUGGAAGAGGAAGCGCCGGCGGCGACAUGUCAAGCGAGGACGUCCGCAAGGUCCGAAAUCUUAUAGAGGGUUGCCUUCAGCUGUAUAUGAACCAGAAAGAAGUGGUUGAUACUCUCUCCCUUGAGGCAAAGAUAGAACCAAGCUUUACUGAAUUUGUUUGGCAAAAACUUGAGGAAGAGAACCGCGAGUUUUUUAAGGCUUAUUAUUUGAGGCUGAUGCUUAAGAAUCAAAUAAGGGCCUUCAAUAAGCUUCUUGAGGAUCAGUUCCAGCUUAUGAGUAAAAACUAUUCUUCAGGCGGCCCUUCUAUGCCCCUUACUAAUGGCUCCAACUCCACCACAUUGAAGCAAAAUUCAUGCUUUUUGCCAGAGUCUGCUCCUGUAUCUGCAAUGCCAAAUGGUGUAAUGGGCAAUGGAAGUUCAGGUGGUUUAGUAAAUGGCACAGCAUCUAGUGAUCAGUUAAUUUAUGCUGGUAAAGACAUUCAUGGUCUUCAUAGUGGCAUGGAUGCUUCAACAAGUGUGCUGUCAGCACAGAAUGCUGCAUCUGCUGUGCUGUUUGGCGCAGACAAUGGUACAACAAUAAAGACGGAGUCAGGCUAUUCGAGCAAUGCUGAUUUUGCUUUCUGUGGGAAUGCUUUCCUGGAAUCAUGCCAAUCAAUUGGUGAUGCCUCUGGCGGAUCCUUUAGCAGCUCAGAGUUGAACGGGCAACCAUUGAAUGAUUCAAUUAUGGAUAUGGAGUCGUCAUCAUUUGGCUUCUUUAGCCAGAUCCCCCGGAAUUUUAGCUUUUCAGACUUAUCAGAGGGUUUCAACCAAAAUGCAGAAAUAUUAGAGAAUUAUGGCAGGCCACCAUUUCUCUCUUCUGAGCCAAAUAACUUGUCAGAUUCUACUGGUGGAGAACAAACAGGCUGAAGAGCUAUCCACCAUUUUGUACAUAUUCAUGGAGAACUUGAGCAACUUUUGUGCUAGCUUUUCCUUGUUAGUUCCGCUAUCUUGUAACCUGUAGUUUGGAAUGCUUUGUAACUACAUCGGAGGAUAUAGCAGACCUCCCGCUAUGCUUGAUGAUGCUAUUGUAGUUGUUCCUUGUACAUUGAUGUGGUUCUCUAAGAUAACCUUUAGCAGCAGUGAUUUUGAAUUCA